UAGAGUGAUUUCUAAUGAUGUUACCUAAAGGAAGCAUAUAUAGAGUAAAUAGGAUUGGUCCGAGCACAGAACCUUGCAGAACUCCAAAACAAACUUUGGUACGUAAGGACGAUUCAUUAUGAACGUCAACAAACUGAAAACGAUCAGAUAAAUAAGAUCUGUCCUGUUCUGCAAAAUUGUUGGAUUUUUCACAUUACAAUAACACGCCAGCUAGCAUAACUCUGCUGCCUCGUAAUUUUAGCUGGUUAGCUAGCUAGCAGAAGUCCCCUGUCGUCUGCCGUUCAUCAAACGAAGCAUGAUGAAUGCGGCAAACGCGAUCGGUAGGGUGAACUCAACCAGAGACUCCCUUGUAGAUGCCGGUUGGAAAUGUAGAUGGCUCGCAGCUUCCUGUCUAAAAUAGUUAUGUAUGCAUGAACGUAACUGACGCGCUGACAUAGUGAGUGGUGUCCCAAUUCCUAGGGAAAGAUUUCAACCCCUACCCCUCGUUGCUUCAUUUUGAGGGCCAAGGGAUAGUGGGCAAGGGGGGUUAUUGAGAUUGGGCCUAAACCAUCCAAACCAUUUCUCAAAAUCAUCUUUGAGAAAAAAUCCCUGCAGUGCCAGUGUGGUGUCAGGUUUGUGUCCCCGUAGUGCAAGUGUGGUGUUAGGUUUGUGUCCCCGCAGUGUCAGUGUGGUGUUAGGUUUGUGUUCCCGCAGUGUCAGGUUUGUGUCCCCGCAGUGCCAGUGUGGUGUCAGGUUUGUGUCCCCGCAGUGUCAGUAUGGUAACAGGUUUGUGUCCCUGCAGUGCCAGUGUGGUGUUAGGUUUGUGUCCCCGCAGUGUCAGGUUUGUGUCCCUGCAGUGCCAGUGUGGUGUUAGGUUUGUGUCCCCGCAGUGUCAGGAUUGUGUCCCCGCAGUGUCAGGAUUGUGUCCCUGCAGUGUGAGGUUUGUGUCCCUGCAGUGCCAGUGUGGUGUUAAGUUUGUGUCCCCACAGUGUCAGGUUUGUGUCCCCGCAGUGCCAGGUUUGUGUCCCCGCAGUGUCAGGUUUGUGUCCCCGCAGUGCCAGUGUGGUGACAGGUUUGUGUCCCCGCAGUGUCAGGUUUGUGUCCCCGCAGUGUCAGUGUGGUGUCAGGUUUGUGUCCCCGCAGUGUCAGGUUUGUGUCCCCGCAGUGUCAGGUUUGUGUCCCCGCAGUGUCAGUGUGGUGUCAGGUUUGUGUCCCUGCAGUGUCAGUGUGGUGUCAAGUUUGUGUCCCUGCAGUGUCAGGUUUGUGUCCCCGCAGUGUCAGUGUGGUGUCAGGUUUGUGUCCCUGCAGUGUCAGGUUUGUGUCCCCGCAGUGCCAGUGUGGUGUCAGGUUUGUGUCCCUGCAGUGCCAGUGUGGUGACAGGUUUGUGUCCCCGCACUGUCAGUGUGGUGUCAGGUUUGUGUCCCUGCAGUGUCAGGUUUGUGUCCCCGCAGUGUCAGUGUGGUGUCAGGUUUGUGUCCCUGCAGUGUCAGGUUUGUGUCCCCGCAGUGCCAGUGUCCUCACUGCGUCAUCACUGCAGAGCAGCACAAUUAAUCAGGAUUAUUUGACGGUGAUCUGUUGUGAUGUUGUCUCCUAAUAGGAUGAUAGGAUGCAGACCUGAGGACCUGAACGGGGACCUGAACAGGA